UAACAGUGUAUAUGUUUGGCAUUGUAUUGACUGAUGACAAGUGAAGUGUAAGUCAAAGUGUGUUCAAUACGUGGCCUAACAGUCAGUCAUACAGUGUUUUCAUUGAUUUGAAUCUACAUUUGGAUUACUUUAAGUGAUAGUUUGUGUCACAAAAUGAAGACACAAGACAUUACUUUUCAUGCAUUUGUGUCAUUAAUUGUCUUGAUUUUUGUAAAUCAAUCAUUUGGUCUCUAUUUUCACAUCUCUGAAACCGAGAGGAAGUGCUUUAUCGAAGAAGUGCCCGACGAGACACUUGUAGUCGGUAACUACAAAUGCCAAUUGUUUGAUCCAAACACCGGUGGAUUUAUGCCAUCGUCACCGGGUAUUGGUAUGCAUGUGGAGAUCCGAGACCCAGAAGACAAGGUUAUCUUAUCAAAGGUGUACUCACAUGAGGGCCGCUUCUCAUUCACUUCACACACACCGGGAGAGCACGUCAUCUGUCUUUACUCCAACUCUUCGCGUUGGUUUAGUGGCGGACAGUUGAGAGUACAUCUUGACAUUCAAGUCGGUGAACACGCCAUCGACUAUCAAAACAUCGCUCAAAAAGAGAAGUUAAGUGAACUUCAGUUACGAGUCAGACAACUGCUGGAUCAGGUGGAACAGAUCACUAAAGAACAAAACUAUCAAAGGUAUCGCGAAGAGAGAUUCCGACAGACGAGCGAAAGCACAAACUCACGUGUCUUGUGGUGGUCUUUGGGUCAAACAGUCAUUUUACUGUCGAUGGGUUUCUGGCAAAUGAAACAUUUGAAGGGCUUCUUUGAGGCCAAAAAAUUGGUGUAAAAUAUUCAAUCAUUAUUAGAAUUUUUUGUAAAUUAUAUGUUUCUCAGUAAUUAUAUUUAGAUAUUAUUUAAUUUUUGCAAAUUUA